AUGUCUGCCAAAGAAAGUAAGAACUCCAAAGAUAAGGCCCCAGCAACAAAUCCCAUGAGAGAACUUCAUAUUGAAAAAUUAGUUCUCAAUAUUUGUGUGGGUGAAUCGGGUGAUCGUUUGACUCGAGCAGCAAAAGUGCUUGAGCAGUUAACGGGUCAGACGCCGGUCUACUCUAAGGCACGAUAUACAGUACGUUCCUUUGGUAUUCGACGUAAUGAAAAGAUUGCUGUCCAUGUGACGGUGCGUGGCCCGAAGGCUGAGGAAAUCUUGGAACGUGGCCUCAAAGUCAAGGAAUAUGAAUUAAAGAGAAGUAACUUCUCGGAAACGGGUAACUUUGGGUUUGGUAUUCAGGAACAUAUCGAUUUAGGAAUCAAAUAUGAUCCAUCCAUCGGUAUCUAUGGGAUGGACUUUUAUGUCGUGUUGGGUAGACCCGGUAACAGGGUUUCGAGGAGAAGAAGGGCUAUCGCAAAAGUUGGAUUUUCGCAUCGAGUGACCAAAGAAGAGACUAUUAAAUGGUUCAAGCAGAGGGUAUGA